AUGUCGUCUCCGUUUCGCAUUGUUGAACACGUCGUACCCAGUCAGCAUAUCAGGGAGUAUCCUGGAGCCACGGCAAACGAACAAGAAGAACCCCUGCAUCUGGCCGUGAAACAAUAUAUUCCACUCGAUAAUCCUAAUCCGCAACCAGGCGACAUCACUAUUCUUGCUGCCCACGCAAAUGGUUUCCCCAAGGAACUAUACGAGCCUCUUUGGGAAGAAAUACACGCUCGAUCAAAACAGAAUGGGUUCCGUAUUCGCAGUAUCUGGAUGUCCGAUGUGGCCCAAGAAGGCCAGAGCAGUGUGAUUAAUGAACAUUCUCUCGGGAAUGAUCCGAGCUGGUUCGAUCACCCUAGGGACCUCCUCCAUCUGGUCAACGUCAAGCGGGCUGAAAUGCCCCGGCCCAUCGUGGGUAUCGGGCAUAGCAUGGGAGGCGCUCACCUCGUCCAACUAUGUUUAAUGCACCCUCGACUGAUCCACACCUUGAUCCUGCUAGACCCAGUGAUCCAGCGCCAAUCAACCCAACUAGACGGCCUAAGCAUGUUAAAGAACAAGCGUGAAAUAGCCAAAACCACUCAACUGUCAACCCACAGGCGUGACAUCUGGCCCUCCCGCCAAGCCGCCGCAGAAGGCUUCCAGCGAAGCCCCUUCUACCAAGCCUGGGACCCAAGGGUCCUAUCUCGCUGGGUCAAGCAUGGCCUUCGCGACCUCCCAACAGCCAUCCACCCACUCGACCAGGAAAAGAAAUCUGCGGAUCCCCCAGUAACCCUUCGCACCCCACUCCACCAAGAAGUCUUUACCUUCUCCCGCCCAAACUAUAGACACAUCCCGGGCAGCGGCAAGCCCGUCAACCGUGUCACUCACCCAGACCUAGACGCAGACCACCCAGACAGCUACCCAUUCUACCGGCCCGAACCGGCGCGUAUCUUCUCUCAGCUCCCCCAUCUCCGCCCAAGCGUGCUGUACAUCUUCGCCGGAAAGUCGGAUAUGUGUAUUCCCGCCAUGCGCGCCGAUAAGCUCGCGAACACGGGCGUCGGACUAGGUGGGAGUGGCGGUGUUGCGGCCGGCCGUGUGCGUGACGUUUUCCUUGAAGAUUUUGGACAUUUGCUUGCCCAGGAGGCGGUCAAUGAGUGCGCUGACGCAGCGGUGUGUUGGCUUGCGCCUGAGAUUCGGCGCUGGAGGGACGAGGAGGAGAGCUUCCAAUCUGUUUGGAGUAAGAAGUCGAAGAUUGAGAAGGUCACUGUUGAUGCGGAGUGGUUGAAGAAUGUUCCUGCGCCGGCGCGGAGACCGAAGAAGGCACAGGCUGGCAGCUCGAAGCUAUAG